AUGUGUCUUUGUUUGGAAUCACAAUUUGAUAGUUCAAUUGUUGAUCGAGCAUUAAUUAUCACUCGAAUUCAACAACUUACAUCAAUUGUUCCAAAUGUAGAAAUUCUCACCUGGGAAUUUUUCAUUCAACGAUUUGAAGGACUUGCAAUUGAGAGUCAACUUCUUGCAAAGAAUGGAGAAUCUAAUUUUAUUCAUGAUCUAACUCAUUCGGAUCCAUUGAGUGAAUUAUAUCAACGAAAAUUAACUCGUGCUCGUCAAAUUAUCGAGAAUAGUUGUAAUGCUCGAUCAAUUGUUCGAACUUUACAAAAUAAUUCAAUGUGUCAUCAACUUAGUACUGCAAUAUUUCGACCAUCGUCAUCGCAAGAAAUGAAAGAAUCAUUGCAUAAUACAUCCCAUAGUAGUGGAGCAUUUUCACGUUUACGAGAAUUUACGGAUGAGGAGAGUAAUAUGUGUUUACUGAUGAACCGAGUUGUUGAUAUUGAUAAUCCGGAACGAUACAUUGUUUACUUGACCGUUUCUCUAUUUGUAUCAUUUCUUUGUAAAAAUAAAGGUGGCGAUGAGAAAGCAAAUGCUAAAAAACAAAGUUUAUUAUUUCGACAUUUUAAUGCUCUCAUUGGUUACAGUAAUUCUGAGAAAUGCUUCACCAUACCACCAAAAAUAUUACGCAAAUCAGCAGUAUGUAAUAGCUUUUUAAGUGGUUUACCAGAAAUUUUGGAUUGCAAUUUGGUAGUGGGUAAUCAGAUUUUAAUGCUUGGUGUACAACUUUUACUACAUUUACCAUCGCCUCAGAAAUUGGCCAGUGAUCAACCAUUGGUCGAAUAUUCACUUACAUUAUUGGACAUUAAUGCUAGGCAUUUUUGGCUCAAUGCAGUUAUUAUUAUCCUUUAUAAGUAUCGAUAUGAUGCGCCACCACUUAGCGAAUAUUUACAAAAACUUAUUUCAAUAAUUAUUUGCACUCUUGAAACUGAGGUUCAUAUUUGUAAUAUGAAAGCACAACCAAUAAAAAUUGAAAUGGAUCCAUUAUUAAGUUCUGAUGAAGAAGAAUUAGAAAAUGAUUGUGGUACUGAUAAAUUACAUCGACCUGAAACACUCACUGUUCUAUGUUCACAAGCUAAUUCUGUUAUUGAUGUAAAUGAAGGAAAAUUAGAAGCAAUUGAAGAAGAAGGUAUUGAGAAUAGUAAAAAGAAACAAAUGGAUUGCACAAAACGUCGUUUUCGAAAAACAACAAAUAAUGUAAUCAUGGAUAGACGUACUUAUAUUUACGUAAAUAUUAAACAAACAUUAUUUUGGUCUACAAUAUCAUUUGCUUUAACUGAUUUUCCUGAAUUAAAUCCAGUUUCUGUUAUUCAAUAUUUGCUUGAAGAUAUCCUGGAAGACUGGCCUAAUCGAUUGUCUCGAAUUUUGUUUAAUUUGUCAACGUACGUGGAAUACGUAUCUCCUGAUGCGUAUUUCUCGCAUUGGAGUAUCGUUACUAACCUACUCGACUCAUUCUUCCGUCAAUAUCUCUCGAAAAUUCAAGCACAAACUGAUAGGAAUCCAAUUCGUACUGAAUUAAAAAAUUGUAUCGGUGUAUUGGUAGCUAUUUUACGUGUACAUAACUUUUCUACAUUUAAGAAUUCAAUAUCGCUAGUAGAAGGAUUCUCGAAAUGGCUUACAGAAGUAUUACAUGAAUGUAAAGUUGAUUUAUUAGAUCUUUUAGCUGUUUGUACGGCAUGUAAUCGUGCCUUAUUAAGGGAUCGUGAUAAGCAAUUCUUAACAAAAGCAAUUGUCUCAGAGCUUGUACAAGCAUUAAAAUUUAAAUGUGAUAUGAAUGAGCAUAAUUAUAUGGUUGUAUUAAAUUUAAUAUUGCAAGAUGCUGGUGAAGAUGUUUCAGAGGAAAUUAUUGAUGAUCAGUAUAAUACAGCAGCUUGUGAUGCUGUUCGACCAUAUAUCUUUGAUUUUAUUGAUUUUAUAUCAGAUUUACAUGUAUUAACUGAAAUUAAGAGAAUUACCAAUUCUGAUAGUACUGGUGGUGAUAUCAAAUCAUCCGUAGCACAAAUUGUUGGCGUUGAAAUGAGUCGAUCAGGUGUACGUGAUUCUCGAACUGUGAAUCGUUAUUUGCCAUGGUUAGUAUCACCGCCAUCUGUGACGCAAUCUACGCCAAAUGCAUUUGCUGACGCUGUAACAAACGUACGCUUACUUUCAUGGCUGUUAGUUGGAGCACUUCAAGCUAAUCAACCAUGCUUACCGAUACCAAUUAGUUGCUCACAAUAUAUGGCUGAUUAUAUACAUUUUGUACUUGCUGGUUUUGCUGAUCAAUCAAAGGAAUCAGUUGUUCAUAUGUCAGCACUUUUCCAUGCUUUUCAUUUAUGUCAAUUAUGGACUGUUUAUUGUGAACGAGCUGCACUAACAUCAGAUGAGCCACAAGUCUCUUCAUUAGCUAAUAUUUUGGACUUUUGGGCUCGAGUAACACCAGCUAUUCUACAGCUUUUAUCACAUUCCAAAGUUUUAGCAGAUAUGGUUAAUUUACAUUUUCUAAAUACAAUGCAAGCACUGCGACAGUGUAGCUCAGCUGUACUUGGUCAAUUAGGCGCUAUGUGGCAACCAAUUCUAACCGCUUAUCAUGCUCAAAUUCCCAGUAAAUUACGAUUAAAAUUAGAUUGCUGUGAAAAUGAACCAUCAUUAAAUUUUGAAUCAUUACAACAAUGGCUUAAAGGUGUACGUUAUAAAAUUUCACAAAUUGAAUUACAAACAUCCGCGGCAUCACCAUUCUAUAAUGUUUAA